UGUGGAACCCAUGUACCUCUUUAGAAGUUUGCUAAUAUUCCUCUAGCUUUCGAUACCAAAACUUUUCAUAAAUUUGAAACUUACUUGGCGUUGGUGGUAUGCAUUCUCGGUCCUAUUUGCUCUUAAACAGAGAGCUGAUAAAGCUGAAACAAGAACCUCUCUGGGGCAUAGAAAUAAAUCCAUUAGAUGAAGCAAGUUUGCUAGAUUGGGAUGUGACCAUGCUAGGACCAGUAGAAACCCCUUGGGAGGGUGGCAUAUUUAAACUUCUUAUCAGGUUUUCACCUCAAUUCAAUGAUAAGCCCCCAGAAGUAAACUUCUUCACGAUUCCGUUUCACCCAAAUGUUGAUAUGCUAAAUGGCAGACCAUGCAUUGACUUCCUUGACGAUGUAACCCUUUGGAACCCGGAUUUCUCAAUGUCUUAUGUUCUUCUGACAAUACAGAAUAUGUUAGCAUCACCCAACACUGAAAUUGCUGUGAACACGGAGGCAUGCAAUGCUUUGGAACUGACUCCUGCUAUGUAUAGGCAGAUGGUGUAUGAUUGUGUGACUGCUAGUAAGCGGAUCGCCGCUGGAUUACCUCCGCAUGAAGACGAUGAAUCUCUUGAGACUAAACCUGCGAAAGAAUCAAUUGACCCAAGAAACAAAUCUAAAACGAAGCUCAUCCACAAAGUUUCAUAUGAUGACUAUCUUUCGAUUUGGAAUGGAAUUGCAACAACUAAAAUUUCUAGAACUGCUCCUAACCCACUGAUGAAGAUGCUUCAGAAAGACCCUCAUUUCAAGGACAUACACAUCGAUUCCAGUGACAGGGUAUUGAGAGAUGCCAAGAAGCAGCUGGAAAACCACCAUAAACUAAUAUACGGUGUUAACUUAGUUGACAAAGAUUGUGAAAUCGACCCAAAGUCUGCGUUAUUCGAGCGUCUAAAAUCAAUGCAAAAUUAUAAUACUGGAGACGGUAAUUUACGGCCGGUUACGGGUGAUGCUGAGUUGUUGGAAAUGUUAGCAUGGACUCAGGGCAUGGAACCAGAGGAGGAUGUGGAGGCUCUGAUGGAGCUUCAGAAUGAACCAAGUGGAGUCCCGCCUCAUUCCAGUGCUAUCACUGAUGCAGGAUAAACUGAAAAACUCGGCCAUCAUGAAUCUUUUCUUUCCUGAUCAUAAAUGUUAUACUGACACUUGGUUUGAUGUCUUUUGAUUGUUUGUUAUUCGUGCAU